AAGAGUGUUGGUAUUAUUAAUCAUUUUUUUAAUAUUACCUCCGAUUAAAAAUAAUUUAUUGAUUCGGUCUAAUUAUAUGUAUGAAAAAAUAAUAGAAAGUGUACAUAAAUAUUAUAAUAAUACGUGUAUUAUAUUAAUACACGCAAUAAAAGAGCCAGUUGAGCCUAAAGUUGGGAUCGAAACUUACACAAAAUUGAAAGAUCUUCAGUUACAUUUUAGUAGAUUAAAUAUACGUACCGCAGUAAUGGAUAUCGCAACAUUUAUUUUAAAGAUCGGCGGUAGUUAUUAUCACAUCAAAAGGCCACUAUUUGUUCUAUUAAAUGACUCCGAAGAUUUAAGACACCAAUUUUCUACGUUAAUAGCGCCGUCAAUUGAUAUGGCCUACCCAACCUGGUUAACAUUUUUCCGCGUCGAAACGUCAAUAGACGAUUUUUUCCGUGACGUCUAUGUACCGUUCGAUUGUACAUUUUUGGUCUCGAAAGAAAAUUUCGACUACGAAUUCGAGGCCGAAAUAAUAACGGAAGUUUAUCAAGUCUACAGAGGAUUGGAAUUGAGACAGGAAACUUUCGCGACCUGGGAUAUCGUCGACGGAAUUAUAUAUCCUAAAUUAAGUUUAUAUCAACGGAGGAGUAAUUUAUAUGGUCAUACAUUGCGUGUUAUUUCUAUCGAGGAUCCGCCUUCAUCGAUGAUAAUUCGUGACAAAGAUAACAAAGUAAUGGGUCUCAACGGAUUUUUCGGGGGUAUAAUGGAAUUAUUGCAAGAAAGUAUGAAUUGCACACUAAUUUAUGAAUCGACAGAUGAAUGGGGUUAUUUAUUAAAUAAUGGUACAUGGACUGGUGCAAUAAAUUCAUUAAUUAUCAAUAAAUCAGAUAUAUUUGCUGCUGAAUUAUUAAUGACAACUGAAAGAUUGGAUGCAUUGAAAUUUACAACCCCACUAUAUUCGACAAAGUGCCGCACUUUUAUCAAAAGACCAGCAACUUCAGUACUCAGUUGGGACAAGUACAUAACACCGUUUGCUGAUGACAUUUGGAGUGCGCUUGGAGUUAUCAUUUUGAUAAGCAGCGCAUUUAUUAAAAUUAUCAAGUCGGUAGCUGCAGUGAUUCAUUUGCAGAAUGCCCAGAACGAUCGGUUGGACUCGAAAUUUUGGGAUGUUGUUUUUUCAAUAUUCGGUGCAUUAUGCAGUCAAGGAAUGGAAUUAUCAACAAUAAAUCCGAUCCGUAUUGUACAGUUUUCAAUUCAUCUAACAGGCGUCGUAGUACUGGCGGCAUAUUCAGCAGCAUUAAUAAGCUCAUUAGCCGUGAAAAUAUUUGUAAUGCCUUUCACAACAAUGGAGGGCUUAUUAAAAGACCGUACCUACAGAUUUGGUGUCGUAGGCGGAUCUGCGGACUUUACAUUUUUUCAGAAUACAUCGGACCCUGUAAUGAGUGUCCUAUUUGACGAUGUGCUCGUCAAAGAGACCGAUUUACCGACAAAUUAUUUAGAAGGAUUGUCGAGAGUUUGCAGUGAAAGCAAGUACGCGUUUAUGGCGCUGGAUGCUGCAGUGUCACAAUUAAAGUCAUCAGUUGACUGCAUUUUAGUGCCACUGGAUACUAUUUCUCAGACAUCUAUUGGCAUGGCAUUGACGCCUGACAGUCCUUAUCGCGGCAUUAUCAAUAACAACAUACUUUUAUUAAGAGACAGUGGCUUACUAAAUAAAUUAUUAAAUUCCGACUGGGCAUUACCUGGAGACAACAUACAAGACGCCUGGUCGACUGUAGAAAUACAAGAUAUUCUACCCCUAAUUGUCGUACUAAUUGUCAGCAGUUGCACAAGUAUUGUUUUUUUAUGCAGUGAGAGACUGAUUCACAUUAAAAUGGCCCACAAUCGCGGGAAGAAAAACGUAAAUUUAAUCAAAGGUGUUAAAUUCCCAAUGAAUGAUGAAAAAUUAUUCAAAGGAUAUUUUAAAUAAUUAUUUUUUUUGUGGUAAUAUUCUUUUGAAAUAAAUAUAUGGUAUAAAUAAAAUUGAAGGAAUUACUUAAUCCUAAGUACACAAAUACUACAAAAUAACAAAUAGUCUGAUUGUAUGAAAAAUUCCAAAGGUAUUAGACAGAAAUUAAAUU